GGGCCUCCCGCGGCCGCGGGCUCCUCCUCCCGGGCCCGCCCGCCGCACACACGUGCCGGCGCCCGGCGGCGGGGCGCGCCGUCGGGGCGGGCGCCGCCGCCUCCCCGGCACCGCCCGCGCCGCCGCCACUCGGGCUCGCCGCGCCGGCCGCGAGGCUGGCGGCCCCGCCGCGCCAUGGCCGUCGCUUACCUGCUGGGCAACGGCUCCGCGCCGCUCCUCGCCGGCGCCCUGGAGGCGCCCUUCGCCGCCAACGCCUCCGCCUGCCGCCCCGCCGCGCCGCCCUGCGCGGCCGCGCCGCCGGGCGCCUGGGACAACGGCUCGGCGGCGGCGGGCUGGGAGCGCCCCGAGCCCUGCGGCGGCGGCAACGGCAGCGUGGGCGGCGGCGGGCCCUGCGCGCCCGCGGCGGGCGGCCCCUCCGUGGUCACGGCCGUCGCCAUCAUGGCCCUCUACUCCGUCGUCUGCGUGGUGGGGCUCUUCGGCAACUUCUUGGUCAUGUAUGUCAUCAUCCGGUACACGAAAAUGAAGACUGCCACCAAUAUCUAUAUUUUCAAUCUUGCAUUGGCAGAUGCUCUAGCAACAAGUACUCUGCCAUUCCAGAGUGUGAAUUACUUGAUGGGAACAUGGCCAUUUGGUACAAUCCUGUGUAAGAUUGUUAUAUCCAUAGACUACUACAAUAUGUUCACCAGUAUCUUUACACUCUGCACCAUGAGCGUGGAUCGCUACAUAGCUGUUUGCCACCCAGUCAAGGCCCUUGAUUUCCGUACUCCCAGAAAUGCCAAAAUUGUCAAUGUCUGCAAUUGGAUUAUUUCUUCUGCCAUUGGCCUACCAGUUAUGUUCAUGGCAACUACUAAAUACAGGCAUGGCUCUAUUGACUGCACACUUACAUUCUCCCACCCUGCUUGGUAUUGGGAGAACCUCCUGAAAAUCUGCGUGUUCAUCUUUGCCUUCAUCAUGCCAGUCCUGAUCAUUACCGUGUGCUAUGGGCUGAUGAUUUUACGCCUAAAGAGUGUUCGCAUGUUAUCUGGCUCCAAAGAGAAGGACAGGAACCUGCGGAGAAUCACAAGAAUGGUUCUGGUGGUGGUGGCAGUGUUUAUCGUGUGCUGGACUCCCAUCCACAUUUAUGUCAUAAUUAAAGCCCUGAUCAACAUUCCAGACACUACUUUCCAGACUGUCUCCUGGCACUUCUGUAUUGCUCUAGGGUAUACAAAUAGCUGCCUUAAUCCAGUCCUGUACGCAUUUCUAGAUGAGAAUUUCAAAAGAUGUUUCAGAGAGUUCUGCAUCCCCACUUCCUCCACCAUUGAGCAGCAAAACUCCACUCGAGUCCGACAAAACACUCGUGACCAUGCUUCCACUGCCAACACUGUGGACAGAACUAACCAUCAGCUUUUAUGAAAACUGGAAGAGCAAAACAAGUUCUGACCUCCUACAGACAUGAAGGAGAUACACAAAGACACACCAAGAAGCAUCUCAGCCAUAACACUGAUGGUGUGAGCAUUUAUGAAAGUAGCACAUGGCCCAUGAAGCAAAAUUUUUCUAAGGGAGAAAAGGCAGUGGCUAAUCAGGCAUGCAAAACCUGGAAGUGCUGUAAGACUGGCGCGUUUCACAUCUGUGGGGGAUAUAUCCUGUGUGACAAUCAACUAGCUUGUUGUGGCAAAAUGCAUGGAUUACAUUUCUUCUACAGUCAGCUUUGUGUCAACUUACUAGCUUAAGAGCUUGGCUCACUUUAAUUUUCAGGAAAGCAUAUGCAAUCUUAUAAGUACAUUUGCAUGAAGAGGAAAAACAGAAUGGGAAUGACAGAAUCUUGGAAAAAUCUGCUUGCAAAAUACAACUGCUUACUGUGAACUUUUCUCUGUGUGUCCCAAUAUUGGUAGGGAAUUCUAGUGAAGGACCAGAUAGCAGCCUUUGCAAAUGAAUAAAUUGUUUUGAUGUCAUUGAUACUAACCUGAUUCAUAGCAAAGACCUGUGACAAGUAUUUUGAAAUAGCUGUGUACUUCAGGUGCACAGAAGCUGUCUGCGUUAAUUUAUCUCCUAAAUUAAAAAAUGCUUGAACUUUUUUUUUGAAUUUAAGAUACUUUUUAGGAAAAAAGCUAUUAAUGUAUCUUUUCCAAAUACCUUUUAUUUUUGUUGAUGUUAAUAACACAGAAAAUCCCACUCAGAAAAAAAUGGGUUAGUAAUAAUAAUAGAAAUCUGAGAAAUUGAGUUCAUAUAAAUGAAUUAGUUUCUUUGUGAGUGAUUUAAGUUUUCACAAGAGCCUCACCCAAAAGUAUCCAAGCAACUAACAAAUUAUGUACAGGCACAUUUACAGGCAUAUUUAGUCAUUUUCUGUAGCCAUUUUUUGUAUUUUCAGCUUCUAAUGCUUUCUGCUUAACCACUGAAUUUUCUAAAUGUCUUAAGGGAAGCUGCAAGUCCUCCUCACAUUCUGAAAAUAAGGCCUGAGUUACUGUAAGUUAUCUGCAGUAACCGGAUGUUCUGGUAUUUGUGUUCAGUCCUGAAAGCUUUGCCCUCAUUACUUGGCUUGGCAUCAAAGAUGUAGAAAUAAAAAGGACACUGGAUUAUAGGAAAAUUAUUUUUGAGCUGAAACAAGCAAAAUUUGAGCAAAAUUUGAAAGCCAGCUUCACUCUGAUAAGUUAACUGAAGAAGGUACUUUCUUACAUUUUAAUUUUCCCAGUGCUAUGUGGCAGAUCACAAAGAAUGUUGGGGAAUGUUGGAGGGUCCUAUGUAGAAACAUGGCAAAAGUAGGGCAGAUUCUGUAACCUCAAGCCUUGGCAAAUUUGCUUCUGCCUACAUUAUUAGAGAACGGCUUUUCUAGGUACUAUUAGAAAAUGGGCACAUCUCCUUUGUAAAUAAUACGGUAUUUGAGUAAUAAUGAUAGAUCGUUGUCUAUUGCUAAAUUCAGGAUAUCCUUAAAACAAAGCUUUCUUUUACAGCUGAUUUGCACUGACAUGGCACUUUGUCAAUCUUUUAGGUAUCAAUGAAAAGCCAAUGUGUUUGUCAGACUAUUUUAUAAAGAAAACAAGAGUAAACUAUGCUAUGAGGACUAAAACUAAGUAAUCUUCCAAGGCUGCAUGCAUUUGUGGCAUUCUCAAAUCGUGAAUAAAUGGGGGACAGAACAUCUCAUUCUUUCCUUAAUAGAUUAGAAAGUUUAAUGGUUUAAAAGCAAACAAACAAACAAAAAGAAGCAAAUAGAAAUACUUCCACUUUAUACAAUUCAUGAAGGUAAGUGAAUAUGAACUUUGAAAUUCAUUUCUGAAUCAGACUUCUCCAAAAGAAAGGGACAUUCAGAUUUAGGAUCAGCUCAGUUUCUGGCCAAAAAGAGCUAAGGAGGAACAUCCCCAAUAGAGAAUUUUAAAAAAACUCCCUGAGAAUAGCAUCUUAAAAUGAACACACAUGUGAGUUAUGUUUUGGCCUUGGAGAAAUCUUUCUUUAAACCCAUCCUCACAUACUCCACUCUGCUGGAAGUCCUUGGAAAACAAUGCAGUUAGAAAACAUGCCUUCCUUCCUCCCCCGAAACCCUCAGCCACGUGCCGUUUCUGCUGUACUAACACAUCCUCUCUCUUGUGUCAGUGAAGGUUCAUCUGUGACUCUGCUUCCCAUGCCACAAAUACUUUACCCACGGAGUCUCCCACCCUGCAUCCAACAAGUUCUAGCGCUGCAGGGCUGCAUUUGUUAGAUGGCAAAAAAGGUUGGAGACUUUCAGGAUGUGGGGCGUAAUAUGCAGAUGAAAAUAUUUAUAGUGCUAUUGUGCCGAAGUAAGAAGAUUACUUAGCGUAGGUACCACGGGCACACAGGGUGGAGGAUUUGUUGGGGGUCUGAUUUAAUUCCAUCUCAGAAUUUAAACUAGAUUUUAAAUGCAAGUCCAAAUUUGGAAUAAAGCAUUAGCUGAUUUACUGAUUUGAAUACAGAAAAGCUGUUAAUGUAUCAUCUAAAAUGCUAACUUUGCUGCAAUUGCUAUAAGAGAGCAAAAUCAUUCCACGUUAAUGAAACUGAUAGUGGAUUCCCCUCUAGAAAGAAAAAAAUUCUCAUUCAAAUAAGACAGCAUUUCAUAUACACUAAUGUGCCUUUGCCUUUAAAAAUCAGGCAUGAACUUUUUCCUGUAAUCAUUCCCUCUGCUGUUGCUGUUUUAUAACAGAAGAAUAGUCUUGCCCUAGCGCCUGGGCUAGUUGUUCAUUCGGCUUUGUACAGCAGCACAGUAGCUGCAAAUGAGAAGUAAAUUCCUCUUAAACACUCACACAGAUACACGCACACACAUACAGAGAACCUUGCGGGAGGGAAGAAAUCAAGUAAUUGUUCAUUGUAUUUGCAAUUUCUUUCCUUUCAGUUGGAACUUCAAGAAGCUGAAACUACUCCACUGCCGUGACAGGGCCUCCUGCCGCAUAGCUCAAAGCAAUUGCAAACCAGUGCCACAGUGUGUCUGUGCAGUAUGCUGUGGGAAUGUGGAGCAUACACUUUCCCUCAAAAAACAGAGGAAAGUGCCUGCUUUUCCGAUCUGUCAAAAACUGCUUCUGCAGCACCUCUGCAUUGCACGUAACACAAGUGUGAAAUUUAGUAGCAAGCAGAGCCAAGAGAUUCAAGGGCUUUCUAAGCACCAGUGUUCAAAACUUACAUGUUUUCCAGGAACGCAUUAGUCUAACACAAAGCUGUUCUACUUGUAGCUAUCUGACAUGAUCUGAGCAGUUACAGUAGUGUUAAACAGGUUGGAAAUAAAAAUUCAAAGGAUAGACAAUUACACUUUGAAAAAGAAAUGUGAGCUUUUGAUGAUGAAAUUGUAAUACUGUUGGGGUCUAGAUUUACACUUUAAAAUGUCUUUGUAAAGGUGUUUUCUGUGCAGGUUACUUAUGUGGAAAAUUUUCAUGAGAUCAGCUAGAACGAUACCUUUGCAACUCAAGUUGUGGUCUCUUACAAGAGUUGUUUGUUCUACAGUUUCAGAGGAGAAUAAUUCUUCUGAUGCUCAUUCAAAAAAAAAAAAAACUCCAAGCUGCACCUUACUCUUCUAGUUCUUGCAUAGAAGCAAGACUUUUACAAUCAAAACAGUGAGCUGCCACUUCUAAAGGAGAUAAGAAUAAAUAAAAGAUACAAAGGUUUGAUCUAGGGCACGUUGCUAUCGACCGGAGAAUGAACUCCAAAACAAGAUUGAUUCUAUUACUGUAAAUUCCAGUGUGAAUAGAAACAGAGCUAUAAGCUUCUCAGACCUAGCAUAGGCUGUUGAUGAAUUCUCUAUAACUUAGUUUCUCAAGUUCCAACUGCACAAUCAGCAACAUUUCAAAGUUGUGCAACCUUUUUUUUUUUUUUUUUUUUUUUUGGUAAAGCACUUUGGGAUCCUUCAAGAUGAAAGGAACUAUAUGAAAUGUAAGGAACUAUAUGAAAUGUAAGUCAUCAACAGUCCCUAUGUGAAGUGCUUGGAGCAGAUAACACAUUAGACCUUUUAAAGAAAAGUUACAUUUUGCUAGGAAAUAUUUUUCUUAACCAAGUCCAUAAUGUGUUUGCUUUUCUUACUAACGUAAUACAGUCUGCAUCUCUAUUUUGUAUUAGCUACUAAAACACAUAAAAAUUUAUGAAAGAAACAUUGAACUGAAGUAAAUUCCAUCUUAGCUGUUUUCUAGUAUGAAAAAUGGAAAUAUCCAUGUAGAUAAUUCGUGUUGCAAUGCUAUUUUCUAGCCAUUGUUUGUUAUUUGCUUUGUAAAUAAAACAUCAGUAGUUACCAGGGGGGAAAAGUGCUUUGAUGAAUUUAUGUGUAUUCUAAAACACAACUGUAUGGAACAGUUUUCUUUUUCUGAAACCACACUAUAUUUCUUAUUCUCAUUGUUAAAACGUGUGUGACAAAAUAUGCUUUCCGUGUGAAAUUGUUUGUUUCUGCCAUGGUCUGUGUAAUAAAGAUUGAAGGCCAAA